UCAACGUUUACCGUCUCUCCCCAUCCCUCUUGUCCUCAUUCCUUUGGCUGACUUUUCUGUGUUUCCUUCAAAUGGCUUAAACGGACUAUGCCUGCUGCUUCUCACAUGGCUGGGAGGUGGAAAACUAACUUAACAGACGGUUUCAUGAUUGGACUACAUGAACAGAGCAGAGAACUGAAGGUGAGCAGGGACCACCAUGGAGACUGUAUCCCCCUCUUUCCUCUCUGCAGUUGACCGACUGUCCUGGUUUCUCCUUGCUCUGUUUACAUCAUGGAUAGUCCUGGGUUCAGCAGACACAAAGCAGACAAGAUGGCCAUUAUACUCCCAGAAGCCAGUUCUCCUUGUAUGGAAUGCUCCCACUCAAGAGUGUGGGACACGGCGAGGUGUUACGUUAUCAUUAGACCAGUUUGACAUAGUGGCAACCCCCAAUGAGGGCUUUGUCCGACAGAAUCUCACAAUGUUCUAUAAGGAACGCCUCGGGCUUUAUCCCUACUAUGACGCUGAAGACACACCAGUGAAUGGGGGCAUUCCACAACGUGUCAGUCUCUCUCAGCACUAUGAAAGGAUGCCUCAGGGUCUUGACAAAUACAUACCAGACCACCAGGCUAAAGGACUGUCUGUCAUUGACUGGGAGGAAUGGCGGCCCUUGUGGAUCCGAAACUGGGAUGCCAAAGAUGUCUAUAGAAGGAAAUCACGUGAACUGGUGGCUGAAAAGAACCUUAAGUGGACUCCAGAGCAAGUGGGGACUGUUGCAAAACAAGAAUUUGAACUUGCAGCUCGCAAGUUCAUGCUGGAGACCCUGAGACAGGCUAAAAAUUUGAGACCGAAUCAGCUGUGGGGCUUCUACCUGUUUCCUGAUUGUUACAACCAUGACUACAAAGGGGGGCUGAAAAACUACACAGGACGUUGUCCUGCUGUUGAGAUUGAGCGCAAUGAUCAACUGAACUGGCUGUGGAUUGAAUGCACCGCCCUUUUUCCCUCCAUAUACAUGGGUUCUGUACUGCGCUCAACUAAUCAUGGACGCCUGUUUGUCCAGAACAGGCUGAAGGAGGCAAUGCGCCUUGCAUCUGUUGGGGAUGGGUUGGCACGUCCUGUUUUUGUUUAUACCCGACCCACUUACAAUAGUGAGAUGACCCUUUUAACUGAGAGAGAUUUGGUCUCCACCAUUGGCGAGAGCGUUGCAUUGGGAGCUGCAGGAGUGAUCUUCUGGGGGGACACCUCCUACGCAAGCAGUACCAGCUGCUCUAACUUGAAUAACUAUCUGCUGGGACCGCUGGGCCUGUACCUCCUCAAUGUGACCACAGCAGCAGAGCAGUGCAGCCAGAAAUUGUGCAAAUUUCACGGUCGCUGUCUUCGCCGAGCACCAGACAGCGACGUGUAUCUGCACCUCAGCCCCUCCACUCACAAGAUCACAAGUCAGGGCGGAAAGCUGAAGGUCUCUGGAUCCCCAGGCCAAGCAGAGCUGAAGACCUUCCGUCAGCACUUCAAGUGCCAGUGCUACAGCGGGUACAGGGGUGAAGGCUGUGAGCAGAGAGCAAGAGGGCAGAAUAGAGCCGCCUCUGUUUUAGGGAUGUGGCCUCUCUGCUUUCUGCUCCCACUUGGACUUCUCUCUCUGCUUCAUUGAGGAAACCAGGAAACCAAACUAUUCUCUGGUUCUGCCAGCACCGAAAGGGAAAGUUUUGGUUUUCUGGCCUGAAAACAAAAAUUAACUGUGUUGUGGAAGCAUUGCUUAGGGAGCAGCGGGUGCUCAGUGCAUAAAUUCAGAGGUUUAUAUGGUAACAGGUUUGUAUUUCAUUACACAUUGAACUAAAACUACAGUGUGUGUUUUCUGGAAAGUAUUCUUUUUGUAUUUAUUUUAUAGUAAACAUAAUGGGUCAAUUAAAAUCUUAAAAACUGGAAAGAUGGAUUUAUAUUUCACUGCGUAUAGUGUUACAUAUGAUACAACUUUAGAUGUAUCAUAAAAUCUUAAUUGGAGGGAAGGACUUGAUGUAGCCUUUAUCUGUCAUGUUUAAGAAUCAACCUUUAAGUUGUAAUGGAGCCUUAAACAACAUAUAAAAUAUUACACCAGUUUUGACAUCUUAAACCUCUUCUAUCCUUAAAGAAACAGAGUAGCUGGACCUUCCUGUUUCAUUCCAGAUUUGUGCCUUAACAUGGCUAGAAAAUGCUCUUCUUAUGGCUGCAUUUUGUGUUAAAUUUCAUGGUUUUUUUCAGCUCGAUACCGUAUAUUGUACAGUUUAUGAAUUACACUAAUGUCUUAAUGUUGUUUACGGUCAAUGAAUGAAUUGGAAUAAUAUCCAAACAUUGGGAUAUUUAUAAUUUAAUACACUAUAUAGCAAUAUUUAAUAUUAGGAUAUUACAUCAUACCAAAACAAAAAACAUUUUAAAAGAGAAAUGUUGACUUUAUAAAAAGAAUUGUCCAAUAUCUGUUUUCGUUGUUUUCACAAAAUAAUUUUAAUCAGAAAAAAGCCUAAUUGGAAUGCAGAUUCAAAUGUAUUUAAUUUGAACAAUGUUCAAUGAAAAGAUUAUUUUGAAUUAUUACAAUGAAUUAUUUUACACUUAUAUUAACUGACAAGUUAUGCCAGAAAUGUGGGACCAUGGCAUUCAACUAAUAUCACUUCUGAUUUUUAUCAUUUUUAGUUUCUUCAUAAAAGGUUUUAGCUUUUAGAAUGAAAACAUAUCAAUAUUUAGGACAAUUUUUUAUUUAUUUUCUUUGAAACAAAUUCAAAGGUCACUUGGUUUUACAGUCAUUCUUUUUUUAUCUCAGUUGAUUUUUCGUUUUUAAACCAAUUUAAAGAGGAAAAAGUUUUUGUUUUCUAAUUAAAGGAGAUUGGCUGACUGAACAGUUUCAGAUUUCAAUUAACCAAAACAAUUGUGUUUUGUUUAUGUAGCCAUUUUUAAAACCUGCACUUUAAAUACUUAUUUUCUUGGUACAUUAGGCUUCCGUCGUGUAUUUCCACUUGUGAAAGGUUGUGUCUUAGUGUGUGGCAGUCUGUUAGCCUUCCGUCAGUAGAGAACAGUACUAGGUGUUUUCUCCAUGAUUGUUCCAUGUUUGAAUUGUUUUCCACUGUGAAUGUUGUCCAAAAACAAAUGGGUAAACAAUUGUUGUACAUUUCUUAAGCAUUUCUGUUUUAUCAUUUUAAGAGGCAUGAGUACGAUUUUGAACACUCUGUGCCACUCUGUUUUAUUAGCGGCUUUGCCUCAGUAUUUAUAAGACUUACUAGAAAUAUAAAAUAUAUUUUGUGAAGAUUUACUGCUGGGUUUUUUUAUAUUGCAUCUGCCAAAAUCAAGAAGCUAUCUUAAACCUUUCGUGUUCACAUUUUAUGCUGGAGAAUUUCAUUAUUAAAAUUAUGAUUUCAUUAUAA